UCAGCGAUCCAAAAUUCUAUUUACAGUCAAAGUUCAAACACAACUAAAAUUGGUGUUCGCCGGAGUACCAAUCUCUCUCUCCCUCUGCUCUUUCUUUCUCUCUCUAAAAGACUCUGAUGGCGGUACAGUGGCUUCUGGUGGCCCAUGGGCUGGUGACACUGUUGGUAGUGGUAUCAUUUCUCUGCGGUCAGUGGCCAAUCUUCGAGGGCACUUUCAUCGAACGCAUCCAUUACUUCCUCAUCUUCGGUGCCUACGAAUAUUUCCGGCGAUUUGUUGGGUUCGUAUUUGGUUCCAGAGGCGUCAAUGCGAUCCUUUCUGCCGAGUAUUACUGCUGCGAUCGACCUAACCCUAUCUUACAGGUAUUAUAUCUGGCAAUUAUUGGAGUUACUUAUUACAUUAUUAUAAAGACUUCCUUUAGCUACAUUCCUGGGUAUUAUCUAAGUGGAGUUCACAGGUACAUAAGCAUUUUGGCAGUUGGCGUGGGUAUUCUACUCUUCCUUCUGGCUAGCUUCUCUGAUCCUGGGACUGUGAAUUCUAAGAAUGUUUCUCAAUAUAUAUCUGCUUUUCCUUAUGACAAUAUCAUUUAUUUAGAGAAAGAAUGUCCUACUUGCAAGAUUCCAAAACCUGCUAGGUCCAAGCAUUGCAGCGUAUGUGACCGGUGUGUCGCUCGGUUUGACCAUCAUUGUGGAUGGAUGAAUAAUUGCAUAGGGGAGAGAAACACCAGAUACUUCAUGGCUUUUCUUCUCUGGCAUUUCCUACUCUGUGUAUAUGGAACAGUAGCCAUUGGGUUGGUUCUUGCUGGUCAGUUGAAAGAACUAAAAGUUAUAUAUAUUCUAACAGUUUAUUAUGGCAUUCAGAAUUCUUUUGGUAGCUUGGCUCCACAUGUUGUACAGUGGUUGUUGGGCUCCUAUAAUACACAAAUACUGCUUAUGGUGUUUCUGGCCAUAGUUUCACUGCUAUUAGCUGGUUUCUUCGGGUAUCAUGCAAAUCUCUGCCUCACAAACACUACCACGAAUGAGACUUUUAAGUGGCAAGACUACAUAAGCUGGCAGAAGAAGGUAAAUGAAGCAAAGGCGAGCACUGCAGCGUUAAAAGAGAGUAUCAGCGGAUUGAGCCAUGAAGAAAAGCCUCCGGAGAGCAAAUGGAAGGCUUUCUUCCGAAGAUCCCGCCUGGAAGAAGUGGAUGUGGUUAAGAACAACAUUUACGACAAAGGAUACUGUCACAAUUUGAGUGAGAUCAUCUUUCCGUUCUCAACAAGACCUUCAUUUUCAAAAAUGAAAUCGAAGUAGGGUUAAGAGUGGCUGUUAUUGACACGUCGCGUUUGUUUGGCUGGGACUUGGCAAGUGGUUUCGUAACGUGUAUUCUCGUGAGCCUGAUUCUCACAUGGCUGGCCAGAGUCUCACAUGGAUGGUGUUAAAAUCGGAAGUUCUUUUACCUAUUUACUCAUCAUAUUCGGUGUAUUCUAGUGUCCGUAGCUUAGUGCAGCCAUUCUUUAGUGUGAAUGUGAGGAUAUUUCUGGUAUAGAGAGAACAUUAUAUCAUGUAAAGAUAUAAUUUCCUUGGACUAAAAACAAGCGCAAAGUUUUCAUCUCUUUAGCAGUAAAGAAUUUUUUUGGCGUGCAA